AUGUCGCAGAACGUAGCGCCAUGGCUUCAGGGCCUGGAGGACGACGAGGAUGAUGAAGCCUGGGACAUCUCCGUGCCAGCACCGCAAUAUGUUUCCUCCGCCAGCCACAACGCCAAUUCGAUCCACAGUCGCCUGUCGCACGGCAGCUUGAGUCGGCCAUCUUCUCAGAAGUCGCAAUCGUCAAUUCAGAGACAUCGCAAUCCUCUGGUACCAUUGACAGAUAGCAGGAGAAAUUCAAUUCGCCGACCGAGCGGCUCGAUCAAGCUCACGCAGUCCCGCUCCUUCUCCGGUGCAUCGGACAGCUCAGUCGUACAGUACAGCACCGUCCAGCAGCGUUCCAAGAGUGCAUCUCCCGUCAAGCAGCAGACACUGGAAUGGAAGAGGAGGUUGAUGCAUGGCAAAGUUGGAUAUGGCGAUCAGACCGACUUGUUUGGCCCGUCUGGCCUUGAGAAUAUCUUUGCACAGUCACGCCCUACGGAGAGCCCGAGCCGGAAGACCAGAGGCAGCAUGCAAUGGCUAGAGAGAUCUGCGGUCGCGUCGAUGCCAUCCAGUCCUCCAUCAUGGCCGUCAAGAUUGGAAGCACCUGAAGAGCAGGACGAAGAUGCCAUGGUCGAAGGAGAGAGCCAGAGGCUGACGGCCGUGGAAGAAGAGCAGAACAGCGAAGAUCAAUACAACGAAGAGGACGAAAGUUUUCGCAGCAACCCAUUUGAUCUGAGACACUCGGCGGAGCCCGAGAUGGAAGAAAGCGGGAGGCAAGAAUCGGAACACAAUGACGAGUCCAGCCCACAGAGAACAGUGGGGGAGCAAACCCACGAUAAUAUCGCGGGCAGUCGCACCGUGAGUGGUCAAACGGAGUUGGACGAUUUCAGCCCGGUCUUCGUUUCAAAGCAUACCAGUGUGAACGGCGAGGUUGAAUACAAGGCUCUCGAUUCCCGUAUGAUUAAGCAAUUCUGGAAUCAGACGAUUAAUCUGAAGCAUCCGGACCACCAGCCGAGCUCAGAUCCUACCACUUCGAAUGCUCCUGGCAGGAUUUCUGUGGAGGUCUCAACGCAGACAGAUGGUCCCGAGAGCUCCGUGCUCCCUGCUGUGCCAGACCUGUCACUUUCGGAGAAUUUGCCAACUGGAACACCGCCGAGCGCUGCCCUUGGAGAGAAUGUCCAACUCGAACGAGGAGGCUACUCUAACAAUGGGUCUUUUAGGAUUAGGCCACUGAGCGCAUCGCAGUCUACUGCGGAACCAUCACUUGCUGUACCGGAGACGAGCGGCCUGCUUUCGCCUCUCCCUACGUCGGGCCGACGAUACCAGGCGUCACGAAGCGUGCCCAGUACGCCCAUCCAAGAGGCACGCGCAGAGCCCAGGUCACGAUCAUCAGGGAGUCCACUAAAGUUGUUUGCUGCCCACGACACCUAUACGAGCAACCGGUUGCUAAGACGAAUGAGCCAACUGGACCCGGACUUAUCGGCCAUACGUUCUGAAGGUGCCAGCCCGGUGUCCACCCAAAAGCCGACGGCCAGCGAACAAUGGCGACGCACCGUGUCGAGUAGCUCAUUUGGCAGUGGCGAGCUCAAUGGCCAUGGUUUCAAUGCUGAGAUUACCAUCACAAGCGCCUCAGACUCAGACAAGGCCAACAGUGACCGCUCGCCAGGCUCUGAAGUUGCCCCUCCCGGUAGUUGGAUCCCUUUGGCAUUUCGAAUCGAGAAUAAUGCUGCAGGAGACACCUUCAAGCUAAAGAGGAAGAUUUCCAAGCGCAGUGAGGUAACCUCUAAGGAGUCAACAUUGAACGCAUCGACGAAGCACAUGCAGCCUUCUGUCGAAGACGUGCCGGACAACAGCGCAUUGCAGGCAGCUGGUGGCGGUGUGCUGCAAGAGACAUCGAACGCUGGUUUUGGAAAACGUCCGCCCAACUCUCCUUUCAAGGCUCCCACACCAAAGCGCCGGCGGACACUGCACGCUUCUGAACUGGAAGACGAUGCUUCUCGUCUCAGCCGGUCGUAUCAUGCCCAGUUACAGGGUGCCCUCAGCAGUCAAAAGCGAAGAGACUCCCGCAGGGGAGACUACGACGUCGCAGAGCCUUCAGUACUAGCGCAGCGCAAGAUUCUGCGUCCUCGAAAUCCAACGCCUAGUCAGAGCCGACGGGAGCAGAUUGAAGCUGAGAUAAGAGAGGCGGCCGAGCAAUUUGCUGACCAAGAGCCUGAGGCGCUAGAGGCCGUGAUGGAACAGAUAGAGUCGUCUAUGGCCGCCGACAGCCCUCCAUCAAUUCAGCAGCAAGCGAAUGUCGUGGCUGGCGAAGUCGCGAAGUUUAGUCUGCGCAUUCAAAAAGCUUCUGGAGACCAUACGGAGCGUAAGCGCUCUGUCACUACCCAGGACUUCUUCAAUGAAGCAGUAAUGGUGAUGCGUCUGAUCCGCGAGAAGGCAGGAAGGCAGAGUGGUCUGGGCAGCGUGGCGGAAUCCGAUCAAGAAGGCAUGGCAGCAACGCCCGAAAUGGAGAAUUCGAAAGUGAACUCGCCUUCGCUCCGGGUGUCACGACCGCCGUCUCGUGAAGGCUUCAGUGGGUGGAGGCCGCGUAAUUCGGAGCAGACAGACGCUCGAGUGAUCAGCUAUCUUCGAAGGUAUCAGGAACGUGAUGACACCGAAUUCAUUGCGCCAUCGGUUGUCUCCCUCGACGCCGAUGAUGACCAGGCAGAAUACGUGGCGGUUGAUGAGCACUCCAACAUCCGGAUCAAGGGACCCUUGCCUACGCGUGUUGUGCAGACAGAAGAUGAUCCAAGCCGACCGUCAACACAACAUUCACAACAAAGCUCGCUUGCCUCACACAAUUCCGAUGCUACCUCUACUGGUAGGACACUGCUCUCGCGCAAAUCUGACAAUGUUGGGUGUUUGGCACCUGAUGCUGUUGCACAUCUUAUCGGCGAGCAGGUGGGCGCCAUGACCUACGACAAGGACAAGCAGCAAUGGGUCAAGGCGAAGAGCCCCAAUAAGCCGCAGUAUGGAAGCUUUCUCGAGCCUCCAAGCAAUAUUACCAGCGACGAUGACCCCUUCCGAGAGAUUUCAGACUUACCAGUGGAUGAACAUAAAGAAGAGGAGAUUCGUAAGGCAAGCACUGGCCGUCGUCCAAGUGCGCUUCCCGACGAGCUCGAGGCCUCACAUGUGCAGGAGAAACGCGAGCCGGAAGAGCAUAUAGCUGAAUCCCGGACUACAUCACAAGAGACGGUCCUCGCCCGGCCGGACACGCGAGACAGCAAACUCUCUCAACAUGCAUACUCCAGCUCUGAUCCUUCGCGAUACACUGCUUUUGCCUCGAGUCAACAACAAACGAAUGAGACAAGGGCAACUUCGUGGGGCAAUGAAGAGCUUGCACAAUUGGCAGCACAAGGGAAAGCCAGGCAUCAACCUUUGGCAUACGCAGCGGCUCAAGCUGCGCUGGCUCUUGCUCAACGAAAUGAAGGCAACGAAACUGCAGAACUGCAGAUCGAGGAAAGCGAAGUCAGCUGCGUAUCGGCAUCAAUUCCAACCAUCAAAUCAAAGAUGGACACUUCUACAGAGCGGCAGCACCGUGUUGAUCGGAACAUGUCAGGUGAGAGAGACGAGCUUGCAGACUUGAGAGAAGACACCGUCCUGGAUGCGGAAGAGCCCGAGAUUGAAAAUAUCCGCUCGCCUCGUCUCCGCCAGGCACAGACUGUUCCGCAUCCACAUGCAACCCGAAAGUAUCAGGGAGUCGCUAGUGAGAUGUCACUUCGUCGCAAGACCUUGACGAACAAGUUCAAUGAAACGGAGCUCAUGGAGCAGAGUGAAGUCUCCUUUGUUGCUCCGCUUCCUGGCGAGCGGAUGAUGAGUGUAUCGCUGAGUGUCUCGAGGCCGAUGACCAAGCGUCAACCUGUUGGACGCGUUCUGGAUCCGCAAUCGUCACCCACCAAGUACGAACCAAGCUUCAUGUUCAGCGAUCUGCCUGAGUUUACCGUACACGAGGAGGACUGCGAGCGCCCAUCUGAGCGAGCUCUCGCUGAACGCCUUGCUGCGCACGCGGCUGCGGAAGUCAAUGACCGAUAUGCGCUGUCAGUCAAAGAUCUUGUAAAUAUCCUGACAGACGUUCAAGAGGACGAGCCUUACUGGGAAAAUAUCAAGCAACUGGACCUGCAUGACCGAGCACUGGCAUCCUUGCAUGGCCUUGGAGACUUCUGCGGUAGUGUCCAGGAUAUCGACGUCUCGGACAACAAACUUUCGUACCUCAAUGGGGCACCCUCGACGGUUCGACAGUUGAUAGCUAGGUCCAACCAGCUCAGCAGUCUGACACCUUGGACUCAUCUGAUGAACCUCCAAUAUUUGGACAUCUCUGGCAAUCAGCUUCACAAUCUUGACGGACUUUCGUGCCUCAUUCACUUGCGGGAGCUACGUGCGGAUGACAACGAGAUCACUUCCAUCAACGGCAUCAUGAGCCUAGAUGGUCUGCUAAAGCUGAGGGCAAGGCGCAACGCUAUCAAGUCGGCCGACUUUUCUUCAGCACAUCUCUGCCGCUUGGAAGAACUUGACCUCUGCGGUAACUCUGUGAGCACAGUUCAAAGUUUGGAGUCGUUACCCAGGCUAGAGCGACUCAACCUGGAUGGCAAUCCUUUGACGAAACCAUUCUCCGCCUUGGAAGAGAUGCCACAUCUCAAACACCUUUCGCUCAAGGGCUGCAGACUGCAGCGCCUCGAUGUAAGACACAUGCCGGCGCUGCACACAUUGUUGCUGGACGAGAACUCACUGUCUACUGUGUCUGGCGUUGAGCAUCUAAGAUGUCUGGAUGUCCUCAGCAUGAGGAAGCAGACCCUUUCUGGAGGCAGCCACGUUUCCAUCUUGGAGGAACCUCUUCAAGCUCGGACAGUCCGCCUUUCUGGAAACGAACUUCCCUGCGUUCGACUGCCCCACAGUCUACUCAGUCUCCAACAUCUCGAGAUGGCGUCUGUUGGUCUUCAAGAACUGACGGAUGAUUUCGGCCUCAAGCUUCCCAACCUGAUGACACUCAACCUCAAUUUCAACUCUUUGAAAGACGCGAGACCUCUUUUGAAUAUCCAGAAGCUUGAGCAAGUCAGCAUUUGCGGCAAUCGCCUUAGUAGGCUCCGGAAGAAUGUCGCUGCUUUGUCCAAGAUAGCGACGGUGACGAGCAUUGACCUCCGGGACAAUCCGCUUACUCAAGGAUUCUAUCCUCAUUUUGGAGCCACCCAGCAGACGAGUGUCAUUCGACGUUCGCCCUCUGACGAAGACGACGAGGAUGAGAAAGCUGAGAAGCGUGAGGCUGCGAGAUAUGUCUUGCCUGCAGUAGACGCAGAUCAGGACAGAGUCCACUACGGAAGGAUGGAUGACGAUUCGAAGUUACGGCGGAGAGUGUAUCAGCUUUUGCUGGGCAACAGCUGCGGGAAGUUGGACUACCUAGAUGGCUUGGCGUUUGAUAAGAACGGCGCGAUGGUGAGGGACAAGACUUGGGAGAGACUGAUAGAGCUGGGCAUUGUGAGGAAGUCUGGUGCUGUUGGCCUGAGGAGCGACGAGGAGUCGCCGUAA